AUGGGAAGAGUAGAAGAUCAAAUUAAAGAUAAUUAUAAUUCACUUUCACAUGAAGGUGAAAGAUUAAAUAGAGAGGCAAAGAUUGAAUCUGAAAAAUUAAAAAAUAAUGCUAAAUUGGAUGCAAAAGAUAUGAAAAAAGAUAUUGAUGAAUCUGUUCAUUCAUCAUGGGAAACUGUUAAAGAAGGUGCCAAAACCGUUCAAGAUUACAUUAGUAGUGGUAUUGAAAGUGUAAAACAUACAAUUACAACUGAACCAGCCCAAAAAGAUAUGGAAAACUUAAAACAUAAUGUUAACCAUAAUUUAGAGGAAGCAGAGAAAGAAGGUUCAUCCGUUUUAAAUAACAUUUCCAAUUUCUUUAAAGGUUCAGCAGAAGAAGCCAAAUCUGAAGCUGAACGUAUUGGUUAUGAAGCUUACAAGGAUGGUGACCAAUUUGUUGGUGAUGUACAUAAAAACUUUAAAAGAACUGCCAAUGAAACCCAAAAGGAUGCCAAUAGACUCACCUCUGAUGUUAAGAAUGAAUCAAAUAAAAUCUAUAAAGAUAUUAAGGAUGAAUCAAAUAAACUCUACAAUGAUGUCAAGGGUGAAUCAAGUAAAAUCUAUAAUGGUGCUAAAAAAGAAGGUUCCAAAUUGGCUACCGAUCUCAAGAAGGAUACUCAAUACGUUGCAGAUGAAACCAAAAAGAUGGCAGCUGAUCUCAAGAAUAAAGCCGCUGAUACCUAUCAAGACCUUUCUCAUGAUGCCUCAAAGAAAGCCACUCAACUCAAAAAGAAAGCUAGUGAAACCCUUGAUGAAUCUGCCGAUGCUAUUGAACAUCAAUUCGAUAUAAUGAAGAAAGAUUUCAGACAUCUCAAUCAACGUAAUGGUAUGAUUUGGGGAAGUAUUGGUUUAAUUGGUGGUGCAACUGCAACAUCUUACCUUUUCCCAUCUGCAUCUCCAAUGGCUAAAUUCACUUUUAUUGCUGGUCUUGCAAGUUUAGGUGGUUACUAUGGUCUCCAUCAACCACACAAUAAGAUUGUUGAUAAUGCUUUCCACAAAGCAAACAAUAAAAAGGAAGAAUUAAAAAAGAAAAUAUAA